AAGUCAAACAAACAAGCAGAACAAACGUCACACCUCAGAGACAAUGGAUCUGCCACGGCUCCUGUUUUAUCUCAGCUUGUUGACUGCUUUGGGUCCAGUCGUCCUGGGUGACCAGGAGACGCAGCAGCAGCCGUCCGCCACCAGCGCCGCAGACGCGGAGCAGUGCGCAACAUGCGAAGUUCGGCAGCACAUCAAAACCAUGCGGUUAAACGCAAUCAAGUCGCAGAUACUGAGUAAGCUGCGCAUGAGAGAAGCCCCCAACAUCAGCCGUGACACGGUGAACCAACUCCUGCCCAAAGCGCCGCCGCUGCAGCAACUUCUCGACCAGUACGACGUGCUGGCAGACGACAGCAUGGACGCUGUCGCGGAGGAGGACGACGAGCAUGCAUCUACGGAGACAAUUAUGUUGAUGGCAACAGAACCUGACUCCGACGUUCAGGUGGAUGGAGAGCCAAAGUGUUGCCUUUUCUCCUUUGCUCAAAAGUUUUACGCCAGCCGCAUAGUGCGGGCGCAGCUGUGGGUGCAUCUGCGCCCGGCGGACGAGGCGACCACCGUCUUCCUGCAGAUCUCUCGCUUGAUGCCGGUGACGGACGGAAACAGGCACAUCGUGCGUAUCCGCUCCUUGAAGAUCGACGUGAGAGCCGGGCUCAGCUCUUGGCAGAGUAUAGAUGUGAAACAAGUAUUGGCUGUGUGGGUUCGGCAGCCCGAAACCAACUGGGGCAUCGAAAUCAACGCCUUCGAUUCCAGAGGAAAUGACUUAGCCGUCACCUCAGCAGAACCAGGAGAGCAAGGACUGCAACCGUUCAUUGAGGUGAAGAUCUCAGAGGGCCCCAGGCGUGCCAGGAGAGACUCUGGCUUGGAUUGCGAUGAGAACUCCCCAGAGUCCCGUUGCUGCCGCUACCCACUCACGGUGGACUUUGAGGACUUCGGUUGGGACUGGAUUAUUGCCCCAAAGCGCUACAAGGCCAACUAUUGUUCUGGGGAGUGUGAGUACAUGUACUUGCAGAAGUACCCACAUACCCACCUGGUGAACAAGGCCAAUCCCAGGGGCACUGCAGGUCCCUGUUGCACACCCACCAAGAUGUCGCCCAUCAACAUGCUCUACUUUAACCGCAAAGAGCAAAUCAUCUACGGUAAGAUCCCCUCCAUGGUGGUGGACCGUUGUGGUUGCUCUUGAGGUGGGACAGAGAGCUUCUCAAGAGAAAGGAGAAGA